UAGUACAUAGGUCCAUGGGUAUACUCAUACGCUGCAUACGCAUUUGCGGGUGCGGGGUCAGCGGGGUGUGGAGCGCAGGGAGAAAUCGUUUGUGUAUAACAGUCAAUAGUACAGCACCGUCAUGGGAAUAUUCAACGAGGAGCAAUCCAAUAACAAAAAUAAAAAUUGUCUGUUUCCAAAAGUUUGAUAGUUGAAUAAAUUGGAUGAAAAUUGGAGGUUUUGAAUAAGGAAAGAGAGUGCUCGAAUAUCGUGUGUGCGUGUACUGUCAUUUCUGAGAUUUAUACGUGUUCUUUUUCCGUUUGAUAAAAAAAUGUUCUCGCGAACGGCAGGUGGGUAAGUUUCCGUGAACGGCCCCGUAAAAACCCAGCUGACACAAGUUUUCAAAAAAUCGUUAUAAUCGCGCUCGUGCAACUGCAUGAUAUGCUUGAAAUCGAUUGUGGUUAUGAGUGAAGAGAAAAAACAUGGAACUUUUAGUUGACUGUUUUAAAACUAUAAUCUCCUCGAAUUAAGAAAAUGGCUUUAAUAAAUAACAUUCCACCGAUUAAGAAACGUUGAAAACAUCAAAAUAUCAUCGCAAGUAUUAUCCCAGCCUUGGGUUGAUGUCAAAUAAAACAAAUCAAUAUUCGUGUAAUACAUGAUUUGUACAUUUUGUACAGCGAAGUUAUCGAACAUUCCAUUACUGGUAGUACAUUUUUUUAUGAAAUAAAUCUGUCCAAUGUCAACGGUUGUUUGAAAACACCUUGCAGUCGUUUCGUCAAAUGAAUUCCACACAAUUCGGGAUAUUCAUUGCGUGUUAUCGAAGUUACAACAGAAUAUUUGUGCCUUCAUCGCAAGGUGCUAAUAAUUGGAACAAACUACGAAAUUUACGGAACGUUAAUUGAAAACGAGCGAGCAAAGACUCUACUCAUAGAAUUGCGACAGAACGAAGACUCGUGAGAUUGAGAAAAGAAGACUGCCCUAACGGGGGAGAGGGAGAGAGAAAAAGCGAUAAAGUGUAGCGCGAUAAAAAAAAGGAUGGAAAAGGGAGACGAGACAUCACGGCCGUCGGUGGAACUCCGCAACAACGGCCCCAUACGAGACCAAUCUGAGGCCGACGAGAGCGACUCUACGGAAAAACAUUACGGAUGUGCCCACUACAAACGAAGAUCUAAAUUCGUGACACCGUGCUGCAGCAAGGUAUACACAUGUCGUUACUGUCACGACGAGCAAGAGACUCACACCGUCAAUCGAAAGGAGGUGACGGAAUUGAUAUGCGUGAUGUGCGACACCCGUCAGCCGGUACAGGCUACAUGUCAAAAGUGCAACUGUCGGUUUGGAAAGUACACGUGUCUCGAGUGCAAUCUCUUCGAUGAUGAAAACAAAAAUCAGUAUCAUUGCGAUGGCUGUGGUAUAUGCAGACUCGGAGGACGAGACAGGUUCUUCCACUGUGCAAAAUGCAACAUGUGUUUGCCGGUUUUACUUCAGAAUGGACACAAGUGCGUAGAAAAUGUUUCCCACGCAAAUUGUCCUGUAUGUCUCGAGGAUAUUCAUACGAGUCGUAUACCUUGCCACAUACCUGAUUGUGGGCAUUUAUUACAUCGCACCUGCUUCGAUGAGCUUUUAUACUCGGGUCACUAUGCGUGUCCAACUUGUCAAGUGUCGUUACUCGACAUGACCGAACUAUGGAGAUUUCUCGACAAAGAGGUAUCGCACACGCCUAUGCCACUCGAAUAUAAGGAUUAUAAGGCUGAUAUAUUGUGCAAGGAUUGCCACAAAGAAUCCACCGUUAAAUUUCAUGUCGUCGGACUCAAAUGUUUGAACUGCGGUAGCUACAAUACGUGCAGAAUCAAAGGAUCUCCGUGUCCGGAUCCCGACUCCUUGGACGUAGCUGCCGGUGGAAGUAGUACUAGUGAUCAAGAGCAAUCUCAGGAUCACAGUUCAGAAUAAGAAGAAAAAGAUGCGUGGAAAGCUGUCCGGAGAGGGUGCCAUCGUUGAAAAAAAUUUUUAACGAGAAGUCUGUGAUUUCUCAGAAAAAAAAGACGCGCGGCCUUAUUAUCCCGCUUUCAGAACGCUAGAAACUUAGAAAAUUUGUACAUUUUUUUGAGCGCUGCUAUUUCUGCCCUUUAGACAAACUUUUUUUUCCUUAUUUCUGAUUUUUAUAUCCGUCUUUGUCUUUUGAUCAUUGCAGUCCGGGAGCCAGUCAACAUUUUUUGGAACUUAUUUUGGAAUUUAUUUUAUGGAACUAUCAAAUAGACAGUCUGGCUGCGAAAUUCCGAUGAAAUCUGGCAGGGUUCCUCUGAUUUCCACAAAUUUGGCCUUUCUUCGAAUGUUCGGAACUUUUUUUCGCUCAAGUGAAACUUGUACUAAUUCACAUAAUAAUUAAACUUCGUACAAAAGUAGUCUGGUUAAUCUAUAGAUUUGGGAAAUGAGUCUGGCAGUCAUCCAAAAUACGUUAAUAAAAAAAACUUAUGGAACUUAUUAUCGCAGAUUUAAAAAUUUUCCAAUGAUCGAAUGCUGUAUAUAAUAAUUGAGAAAAGCAGUUUGGUUAUCAUUUGAUAUCACUCAAGAUUAGCCAGACUAACCAAAUGAUAGGUAAUCUGGAAAUUUAUAGACAAUUAUUAUAGAUUCGUUCGUACUUAAAUGAUUAUUACAGUUUUAAUUUUGCAAAACCAGAGUUUUUUAAAGGUAUUAAUAAGUGGAUAUGCGAAAUGGUUCGGUAUCGUCGGAGAUGGCGUUUAGAACACUGAACUUACAUUUAACAGUCUGGCGAGGCUCAUUCAAAAUCGUAAUCACCCUGUUUGUUCUAUCCACUUCAUAGUGUUAUCGAUAAUCUGAAGAAAAUUCAGUCGUGCAAAAAUAAGACUAUAAUCAUUGUAUAAAUUUUAUUGUAAGUAGAACGUCACGUAUAAAGUCCCAGCUUACACAUAUUCCCGUUAGUUUGACAAGGUAUUAGUAAUCUCUAAUGAUAGUCAGACUGUUUUCUUUAAUCGGUGAAUGCAGUACUUGACCGACUGUUAAUUUUUUAAUCUGCGAAAAUAAGUUCUAUAAGUUUACUUUUUCAUUUUCAGUUUUUCACGUGCCAGACUCAUUUUCCAUCGUCAAAAAUCAUCCAGACCGUCCUUCAAUAAAGUUCUAUUGUCUCCUUGAUAGAUACAAUAAGCAGGAUUCAUGCGAAAAUACGUUUAAUACGCUAAGAUUUUUUUUAACUUUUUGACAUCCACCUUUGCUAAAUCCAUCGAAACUCGAUAGUCAGACUGUCAAUUUAUUGGCAUGCAUGAUUAUGUGAACUGGAAAAACUUUGGUUGCUUCGUAUGAAAAUAAGAUCCAAAAAUUUCACUGGCUCCCGGAUUAUUGAAGAUCGUGAAAAUUGUGAGCUACUACUUACCAUCUCGCGAGCAACACAUCUAUAUAGUAGACAGAUAAAUGAUAGAUGACGAUUUCAAAGCUAUGGCCGCGAAUAACCACUAUUUAUCGGUCUCCACUAAUCGGUUAAAUCAUCGUUGUGUACGUCGAGUUUGCGUAUAAAUUAAACGUCUAUGCGUUGGUCAUCGAUUUGUGAAAAGAAGGGUCAAAGAAAAAUGAAUUCAAGAUAAGUUCUCUUUGAUAGGUAAAUACGUUUCAAAAUAUUGUUGAAAAAAACCUAUGAGUGUUGACAUAUCUGUCGUGCCGAAAGAAUAGGGGGAAAUAAGGGGUAAUCCGUCGCUUAACGAAGUCGAACAUAAAAAAACCGAAUUCAUUCCAACCAUUUGAAAACUGUUCAACUCUUGAUAUACCAAGGAUUAGAAAUUUUACAAUUUGAAAAUUAUGUCGUGUUACCCGGACGGCGCUUGGAUGUUGACUGUGAUUUGGCAUAAAAUGAAUCGAUUAGUUUGAAAAAUGCUAAAUGAAAAAUUGAUGUGUGAUACAUGUAAAUAAUGUGAAAUGCGAUAACGUAUGAUUGUUUUCGUCGAUUUUUCUGAAAUUGCACGAUCAUUUAUCAGAUUAUUGCCUGCAACGCCGCAAAUUUUCAAAGUGUUAUACAAAAGGAAAAUGAUAAUUAUCGUGCACUUGAAUAUAUAAAAAAUUAUUUAGAGCCGUUUUUCAAAUUGAAACCAUUUUUCUCCGUAUCGCUUUUUUUGGAUGCGAUCUCUGAAUUGUCAGACUGUUCUGUUUUUUCACAAAAAAAAAAUGAAGUUUUUAUGAAAGAGCCGAAAUAAGUUACAAUUGGGCAGGGAAAAAAUCCUCUUGACAUACAAGAUGAUUGGUGUAUUAGCGGGUAUGCAAGUUUAGAUAGUCGAUAAACAUAAUGAAUGGUGAGAAUUGCUAUAAAGCGAGAGAAUGAAUGAUUUAUUGGGUCAGCUAUUUUCCAAACGAGCGCCACAUCCUGUAAAACAAGCGAAAAAUCAAUGUAUGGAGCGGACAGUUCUUUUCAAUUUCUGAAGAUCUUCCGUUUGAACAACUUAGCAAGUCCCUAUUGAACAAAUAAAACAAAGAACAAACUACUGAAUAUGAAAUUGUGCUAUUUCAUUCACGAAUAAUUGAAUGAUUAAAACUUUCGCUUAAGUUUUUUAAAGCUAUUCCAAAAGCAUUUUUCAAUUAAUCAUUGUUUUCUUCUACACUUUUUUUAGAUACAACUCUCAGAUUCAACAAUUUUAUGUUCAAAAUGAUUGUUUUUUUCUUUAAAGAAAGAACGAAGCUGUGUCUAAUUUAGCGGCUAUACAUCUCCAAGCAUAAAAAACGAUAAUUAUAUAAACAUUCCAUGUAUGAAGAAUAAAUAAAAUGGCGUUAGUUAAUUAAUUAGAAAAUUAGCACUUUUUCAAUGCGCAUAAUUGACGAAUUUAUAUACACAUACGCGAUAUCCUGUGGGUGUUUUAUAUUCUCAUAGAGCAUACGUAAUACAUUCCUGUUUUAAUCUGCCAGUAUUGUGGCUAUACGUACGACAACUGUUAUUCAGAAAAAGAAUAAGUUGGAAUUAAUGUCGUUGAAACGAAGAAACCCUUUGUGUAAGCGUGAUCAUUUUUUCGGCAAAUUCGAAUUACGAAAAUUGGUCUCAUUGCUUUCCCGUAGAGAUUCACUAGCUCUAUAAAAAACAUUCGGCGAAAAUUGGGAUAACAGAACCAAUUGAUUUUUAUUGGCAUAUGAUGAUGUAAAUUUCAAUACCAAUAUCAAAAUGUGAAAAAGACAAGCAAGUUAGCAUAUGAAUUUGCACGAGAAGAUAUUGAUGUGCGGUCGGAUACUCAUUAGAUAUUAUUUCGGUUAUAUUAUCGUUAUGUUAUUUGGAAACGAGCAUCCUUCUACUUUUGGGGUUGAUUGGUAACAAAAAAAAAUGUGAAGGGAAGAAUACACACACAGGUGAAGACGUACGCACGGAAAACUUCAAACGCUGGCAGUUUCCACUACGUACCACACAAAUCAUCAUCAACGAUAUUAUUAUGAUAUAGUAUUAUAAUUAUUUGUUAAUUCUUGUUUUUUUUUUGGUGCAAUCUUUAUUAUUGAAAAAUUAUAUGUUAAAUACCAAUUACAAAGGCUCUUUGUACGUAAUGGCCGCAAAUAGUGUUUUAUAUUACGAUAUAUGAUAUUCUAUAAAAUAAACGGGCUAUAGUUUA